AUGAAGACCAUGAACACUGAGAAUGAGAAUCAGACUCCUCACUCGAAAGUGAUCUCAAAUGCAUCUUCAACUGGUACUAUCAAGCAAGGCUCUAUGGCCUCUUCCCUGGGUGUUAUCGACAUCGGUGUGAGCGAAAAUGCCUACAUCUUCAAUGUCGAACUCCCUGGCAUUGGGAAAAAUCAAAAUAAGAUCAAAUUUGAGAUUCAGAGGGACGGAAGAGUCUGCAUCCAAGGAGUGAUUCCUGAGACAACGAUCCCAAGUGAAUCUGGACGCUUAUACAGAAUGCAAGUGCAACAGACCUGCCCUCCAGGUCCAUUCUCCAUCGGGUUUAGUCUUCCGGGACCAGUGGAUCCUCGCUUGUGUUCUCCAAUGUUUCAACCUUGUGGGAUCCUUGAAGUUGUUGUCGUCAAGCUUGGAGUACGCAUCCCAACUUCAUAG